AUGCACAAAACGGCGGAGGCAGCAGCAGCAGCAGCAGCAACGGCAGCGGUAGCUGUGCGGAGGCUUUCCCUGCGGCAGCUACACACUCGUAGACCUGUAGCUGCGCCUGCUUCCGUUGCUGCUCUCAAGAUAAGAACUGAAGCAGCUGCUGCUGCUCUCUCUGGGCGUGCUGCUGCUGCUCCUGUUGCUGCUGGCGCUCCUGCUCUGCGCGGGCUCAGACCAGCAACUCGUUACAUCACCUCUUGCGCUGCUGCUUCCAGCCCCCCAUCAGCAGAGCCCGAAGCAGCACCAGCAACAGCAACAACAGCAGCAACAGCAGUAGCAGCAGCCGCACGAAAGGCGGCGCUUGAAGGCCCCCUUGGAGCGCUGGCAGCAGCAAGCGAUAUAACGGAGGAAAGCGCUGCCAGCGCACUGGCCGUCGUGAGAAACCUGAUAGUCAAACAGCAGCAGCAGCAGCAGCAGCAGCAGCAGCAGCAGAGCACAUGCACCCCACAGCCCUUGGAGCGCCAGGUUGAACAAGAAGCUGGAGAACUCCUCCGAAAGCUUUCGUACCCGCUAGCAGCAGCAGCAGCAGCUCCAGCUGCAGCUACAGCAACAGCAGCAGCAGAUCCAGAAGCAUCAGCGGCAGCAGCAAACCCAGCAAGUGCAGCAGCAGCAGCAGCAGAACCGGAAGGAGCUGCGAUACCAACCGAAAAGGCAGCACCAGCACAGUUAGUGACUGCAGCAAGUUGGCAGUAUGAAGAGUGUGCAGCAGUAGAUUUGCUGCUGCGACUUGCUUGCUGCGGCUCACAUGAGGCAGCAGCAAAAGCAGCAGCAGCAACCACAGCAGCAACACAGAAACACGACGGUAGUACGGCCUUACUGAAGGAUGGAGAAGGCGUCGCUGCAGUGCUGCUGCUGCUGCAGCAACUGCUGCAUUCGCGUUGGCUGCCACAUCGGCAGCUGCUGCUACUGCUGCAGCAGCAGCUGCCGCUGCUGCUCGUGCGUAUAGAGCAGCAACCACUGAGGUGUACCUGCAGCUUCCUGCUGCUGCAGCUUCUCGCGGAGGCGCGUGUAGGGCUGCUGCAGCCUUUGCAAUUCGAUGCUUUGAUCGCGGAGCUGCUGCGGCAACUGCAGCCCUUCACGAGAAGCAGCAGCAUCAGCAGCAGCUGCUGCAGCAGUUUAAGCUACUGCUGGAGAGGAGAGGCAGCAGAGCUGCCGGCUCGUCCCUCUGUAGCAGCUGUGCUGCAUUUGUUGCUAUGCGACCGACAGCAGCAGCAGCAGCAGCGGCAGCAAACUGAGCAGCAGGUGCCGGAGUGGCAGCAGCGCGCGAAUUUACUGCUGCAGCAGCUGCUGCAGCAACAAACAAAGGGAUGUACAAGCAGCAGCAGCAGCAGCGCAGACAUCGAAUGUCUUCAGCUGACUUCCGCGGUGCUGCAGCUCUCAGGGGGACCUUCCUGGGUGCUGCCAGCAACAGCAGCAGCAGCAGCAGAAGCAGCAGAAGCAGCAACAGAAAAUGCAGCAGCAGCAGCAGCCACACGCGCAGCAGCAGCAACAGCAGAAGAGCCUCUGCAGCUAUUCAUGAGAGGCUUAGAAAACAAGCAGCAGCAGCAGGCUGCAGCAACAGCAACAGCAGCGAGUCUCGCGCAGCAGCAGCAGCAGGCGCAACACCUGGAUGCCGUCGUGGCUGCGCUCAACCUCAAGGACGCCAGCGGAUUCUCAAGCCAAACCCUAAGGUUUGGACUGACGGCCCCUUUGGCCCUCAAAGGCUGCGGCAUGUGCGUGGAGGUCGCGACAAAGCGCGAUGUAUUUAUAAACUGCCCUACGCGCCUAAGAGCGAAGAUGGCCCUGCGCUUGUGUUUGCUACAGCUGCAACAGCAGCAACCGCUGUUGCUGCUGCCGCACCACCUUGCUGAUUCUCAGAGCAGCAACAGCAGCAGCAGCAACGGCACACUAAGGGAAGAGCUGCGGCAGCAGGCAGCAGCAGCAGCAAUUGCUGCAGUGGGGCCUGACUUGAGCUUUCUGCUGCGGCGGGCCUCGUGGCUACCGCUGCUGCAGCAGCAGCACCCGCGGCUGUAUGCAGCAGCGCUGAAGCAGCAACAACGAAAUCAACAGCAGCAGCAGCACGAACAGCUCCUGCAGCAGCAGCAGCACCUCCAGCAGCAAAUUCUCCAGCGGCAGCAACUGCAACAGCAGCAGCAACUGCAGCGGGAACGACUUCAGCAACUGCAGCGGCAACUGCAGCGCAGGGAAUAG